ACAGACCGACGCUCUGUGUUUCCUCAUGUUGCGCUAUCUCUGAGGACAUCAUCAUCGUGAUUAUGUCUUCGAUUCUUCUCCUUGGCCUUUUUUUGGUCUUCGCAAUAUUUUGCGUGGAGGGGUUUGAUGGGACUUUUCGCAUCAAGCAGGGGAAUCUUGCCAAGAGAGGGCAGUUCCCACACCAGGUGGCUCUGCUAAACCCGAUCAUAUUCAAGUGUGGAGGCAGCCUCAUCGACAGCACGACCAUCGUCACAGCAGCUCACUGCUUCAAAGACGACAAAGACGCCUCCAGAUGGCGGGUCAUUGCCGGUGACACUGACCUCAGACGCAUCGCGUACAGUUCCCGGGUGAUAAUCAAAGCGGACAACAGCCAUAUCUACAACAUUACUAAAAUCACCGUCCAUCCUGGAUACAAGCGCGGCGAAAGUUGGAGCUCAGGAAACGACAUUGCUAUUUUGAAGAUUGAUAGGCGGAUUGACCCCAUGAUACCUGCAAGACCGGUGGCGCUACCUAUGGACAAGGAUGACAACUCCCCUGAUGACACGCUGUGUGUGGCCUCGGGGUAUGGUGCUACUGGAGGUGCAUGGGAUAAAGCUAAUGGUCGGUAUCUCUACUACACCCAAGUCAUGACGGCUGACAGUAGCGUCUGCUAUUAUGCCUACAAGAUGAAGUACCCAAUAAGGGCCAACAAUGUCUGCAUCCUGGGAAGCCCAGGGAACAUUUGCUCGGGUGAUUCGGGAGGGGGUAUAAUCUGUCCCCAUGGCGACCAACAAGUCCUCGAAGGUAUUGUGUCAUGGGCCGCUACCUGUUCACAGGCAGUUGAUGCGCCAUCCGUCCUGACAAGGGUCAGUCAUUUCCUGGACUGGAUUGAGGAGAAUAGAGCAUAGAACUCACAAUCAGCCACCGGAGGACAAAAUCAAACAUUAUAAUGUUUGUAUAGGUGGAGUAGGCCCUGCUGCUGGUUGUGAUUUUGUCCUCACAUCUGUAUCAUCGAUGCAGCAACAGAUUGAAAAUAAAUGUACUGAUUGA